GAGAGAGAAAGAGAGAGACGGGAGGGAUUUAAGUCUUAAAAACUGAAUCUCAACCUUCUGCAAAUGGGAAGUUAGAGAACUUCUAGUCGCGUGGACACCAGCUGCUUGACAGAGGCAGAGCGGUGUGCAAGUGAGAGCAUUGCAAAAGGCCCCUGACCCAGGAGGAAGAGCCCCAGAGACCCCCCCCAGAAAACACACAACCCACAACCAUGCCUCGGUCCUUCCUUGUGAAGAGUAAGAAAGCCCACAGCUACCACCAGCAGCGGUACCUGGAGGACGACUUCAUCCGGCUCGACACCGUGCUGGCCUACGCCUCUGCAGAGCACAAAGCUACGGUGGAGUUUGAGGGAAGUCUGGAGGCGCAGGAGGAGGCCCGCCGGCGCCAGGCCCUGCUGUCCCCGGAGUCCCGGGUGGGGCGCACAGCGCACCCCUCGUCCUGCUCCCCGCGGAGCUACGAGGGCAGCGUGUGUGACCGUUCAUCCUCCGACUACGACCUCUGGCGUCCCCCGUCUCCGUCCUCCUCCCCAGACUCAGAGAGCCGCUCCGUGAGGAUCGUGGAGGACGGCCACCACUUCAACAGCCCGUUCGCUCCUUACGCCGCCUGGACGACGUUCCCCGGCUCGGAGAUGAGGCACCUGGUCGAGAGGACCUACCAGCAUGUCCAGAGGCCCCGGGAGCCCGACUCACCGGUCAGCCUCUAUGGGCCCGACGACCACGGCCCCGCCGACCCCCGUUACGCACCGCAGCAGGGCGCCCUGCGCGGUGGAUGUUAUCCGGACUAUGCUUCCACCGUCGCGCGCAAAACAUACCGGAUUCAGGACGAGGAGGCUUAUCUAAAACUCAAGCAGAAGCCGAAGGAAAUUAAAUCGGAACAUGAUCGGAGCUUUCCCAACACCGAGGCCGUGAACGGCUCCUACACAUGUAUGAAGUGCUGCAAGGUGUUCUCCACGCCGCACGGCCUGGAGGUCCACGUGCGCCGCUCGCACAGCGGGACGCGACCCUUCGAGUGCGAGAUCUGCGGGAAGACCUUUGGCCACGCGGUGAGCCUGGACCAGCACCGGGCCGUCCAUUCACAGGAGAGGAGCUUCAACUGUAAGAUCUGCGGGAAAAGCUUCAAGCGCUCUUCCACGCUGUCCACGCAUCUGCUCAUCCACUCGGACACGCGCCCGUACCCGUGCCAGUACUGCGGGAAGCGCUUCCAUCAGAAGUCCGACAUGAAGAAGCACACAUUCAUCCACACAGGGGAGAAGCCCCACAAGUGCCAGGUGUGCGGCAAGGCCUUCAGCCAGAGCUCCAACCUCAUCACGCACAGCCGCAAACACACGGGCUUCAAGCCCUUCGGCUGCGAUCAGUGCGGCAAAGGGUUCCAGCGGAAAGUGGACCUGCGGAGACACAAAGAGACGCAACACGGACUGAAGUAAGGAUUGACGCACAGAUUGCGCACCUGAACCCACGAAAGUCUUUACGCGCGGGCCUCUGAGCCAGGGAGCCCGUGAGAGACCAUAGGGCCCUCCAGGUCUAAAGUCUUUAUUCAGGCCUGUUAUUGAGGCCCCGUUCUGCUCUGUGGCGAAUGCAGGGCUGGAGACUUGCAUAUUAAUUAUGAUUAAUUGUCUAUUUAUGACUCUAGGCCUGUAGGCCCGGCACACCGACUCUUGGAUUAAGAAUUGUGUACUUUAAAGAAAAGCACAUAUUUAUAGCGGAGAGAAUAUUUAAUUUGCCGUUUUAAUUUAUUUUAUUUUUUCAUGUAGGAUCCAUAGGGUUAGUCGUAUACUUGUUUAUUUUGAAAUGUAAUGAAUUAAACCUUGUUCUUAAAUAUGACCAAAUCGCGUACCAUUAUUUCCAACAAUCACGACCACAAUUUACAGGUCAGCUCAAAAGGAACCA